CGUGACAGUGCAGUGAGCCAUCUUGUGAAUAUUCGGUACGGAACAGUGGUGGAAACACGACACGAUGAGUUCGGACGCACCUUGGAGAAGACAAUCGAGCCAGAUAUCAGGAGGAGGCAGUCCCAUUCCAGUCUCCCCACAAGGAGACAACCAGGCGCCACCGCCACCACCACCACCUCCUCCCUCGGCUGGGUACCCUGCCCGCCUCCCCCGCCACCACCAGGACUGCCUGGGAACAUCCCUGCUGUGCGACUCAACACCGAGAUUCCUGAGAAGAGACGUUCAGCGUAUGAGCCUCCAGCUGCCAUACAAAACGCAAUGAUGACCAAAGAUAAGAAGCCAUUCACAUACACACCAGGAGGUCUGGAUCUGUCAGAGAUCAGGUCUCCGCGAAUGGCAAGGAGGAUCAACCGCAACGCUAAUACCCCCGAUAUGGCCCCACUACCACAACAGUCCAGACCAGCGUCAGUGCCCAGUGGCCCACUCCCUCCGUCAGCUAUGGCCGCCAUGCAGCCUCAGAUAGCCAUCCCUGUACUGCCUCAAGGCGGGGCAGUCCCUCACCUUCACCAUGUAGCUGGACCGCCACCUCCUCCACCCCCACCACAAGCCAUGCAUUCUCCUCCCUCGCCUCCGCAACCUGUGUCUCCCCAGAAAGUGAUAAAUCGUCAACCGUCCCCACCGCCAAUGGCCGUGCCAAAAAUGCAACCUCAACACAGACACACAAAAAGUGAACCUCAAACAUCGACUGCUGGUAGUAUAUACGUCCCUCCUAUAGAAGCCCAGCAGCCGAGGGCUCAACUAGGAUCCUUGUAUAUUCCUCCUAUUGCCCCGCAAGAGACAAUAAAGCCCCAGUCACCUGUCAGUCAACUCAAUAAGGCCCCGACUCCUUGGAUGUCUCGACAGAACCAGCAGACACCAAAAGAGGUCCCUCCCUGGGUGAACAGGGAAACCGUUACUAGUCCUCCACCAAACCAAAACCAGCAACCUAGAGUCAUCCCUGUCCAAAGUCCUCCUCCAAGCCAACACCCUCAGCAGCCCCAAACCAGGAUCAUCCCUAUCCAGAUUGAAGGCAAAGAGCCAGCAAAAUCGAAUGAGAGAAUAAUACCCAUUCAACUAGAGGGUACUCCAUCUCCUCAACCAUCUCAAGCUCCAUACUACAACCAACCUCCCAGCUACCAGCAACAGCAAUACCAACCACCACAAUAUCAACAACAGCAGCAGCAACAGUACCAACAGCAGCCACAACAGCAGUAUCAACAACAACAACAGCAACAAUACCAACAACAACAAUACCAACAGCCAAACUCUGGACGGCAGACCCCUGGGACUCCCCGAUGGGUGAAUCAACAGCCUGUUUAUCAACACAACAAGUUCAACUCUGGUUCUCAAUCACCUGUGACUGUGGAGCAGAACAACGGUAGCAGUCAGCCCCGGCCCAGCUGGUGCCACUCACAGACAAAUGGCUCUCAAUCACCUGCACCUGUUCAGUCCCAAUCCUUCAAGGUGCUACAGAAAAUCACUGGAACUGAUGGAGCCGACCAGAACGACGCUCCGUACAACAGCCAGGGAGUUCCACUGAGUCAGCUGCGUAAACUACAGCUUUCUGAUGAUGAUCGGGCUCUGAUGGACAAAGUCAAGUCUCAAGUUGAUGAUGAAACUUACCUUCACAACGAGUCAGAUCCGAGGUACCGAGGUUCUGCCAUACCUUCUAGAGCCUUCCGGAUACUUCAGAACAUGACGGAUGGCACUGGCGGCGAAGAGAGUAUGGUGCCUCAGGCCUACAGUCCAGUGCAGGGAGGCCAGAACAGGCUUGCCAAUAGAACUCCUCAGCCUCAGGCAUCAGAUGCACCCCCGCAGUAUGUGCCCCCCUCCGAGCAGCAAGCCGCGGAACCCCGCAAGUACACUGGUGGAGCCAUCCCUUCUCGCUCCUUCCGAAUGUUACAAGCUAUGACAGCUGGUAACGACCCCUCAGAUCGACCUGGGGAAUCCGAGUUCUGAUUGCUGUGUGAGACUUAGUUCAGUGACAACCGCUACAGCUACCACAUAACUCAUCAACAACCAGUGUGAUAUUCUCAUCCAGCUGAGCUUUAUAGUUUAUCUUCAAAUGACAUUUUCAUUAUUUAUUCUAUUUUAUGAGGACUGUAUUUAAUUUUUAGUUCGUCUGAAAUAUCGCUAGGUAUCAUUUUACAGAUAUGAGGACUUGUAACAAAUUAGAAUAGUGCCAAUUGUUGCAUUUUUUGUCAUUUAAUUAUUUACUAUAAACUUGUUUUGAUGUUUUGUGUGCUGCGUUUUAUAUUUCUGUAAAUCUUGUACUAUUUUCACCUUUUUGUAAUUUUUUACUCAUUUUGUAUUUGUAUAAGUACAAUUUGCACCGUUUGGUGUAGUCUAUAUAUUUAACUUCAUUUUGACAGAUAUUUAAAAGUUCAGUAUAUAGUGCAAUGUAUUUGUUUACAAACCUACCAAUUUACCUGCUAAUUUAUGAGUUUGUGAGGUUUUAUUUUGAUUUAAACUAACCAUGCUUCACUAUUUUGAGUAUUGUGUCCAUGUUAAUCCCUCUACUAUUCAACUUUUCUAACACGUUCACUGCUACAAAUAAUAUAACAAAAAUCACCCAUGCUAAUAAUUUCCAAUUAUUUACUAUUGUUCAUAAAGUGGCACAGUGAGUCAAAACGAUAACAAAGGAUGGUGAGGGGAGGUAACGGAGUAGUGAUUGAGGCAUAGUAAGAUACAUCAAACCGCUUGAGAAUCCUAAUCUCCAACUGGCAUUUUUAGUUUUUACCAAAGCCUAAGCUAUGUUUUUUAAAUUAUUUUUGUUCAUAAAUUCUUUGGGUUUAGAGCAUCGCGGUAUUCCGAUGAAUAAGGGUGUUAUAAAUAGUUCUUAGUGAAGAUGAAAUUUCAUUAUUUUGCUGUAGUAAUAGGCCUACUGUUAUUUUGUCUAUUGCCAAAUAUUCUACAUAUUUAUAUGAUUUAUUAAACUUUAACCACCCCAUGCUUUGGCUUGACUGCCAAGUUAGCUGCAUGAUGUUUCUUCUUCCUAAAUUGAGGAAUAACAAAUAAGAACCAUACAAAUAAAAGCCACGUCUUUCUCAUAACUAUAGAGGUAUCUUUUACAUUAACCAAAUUAAAAUGAUAAUUUAUUAAAAUUAUAACCUCAUCUGAUGUUUUAGGUAUCUUUAUAAUAGCUGGAAUACAAUUUGUUGUACUAGUACUUUAACUUGUCCAAACCAGCACAUAAAACAUCAGACAAUUUAUAUAAUAUCAAAGAUGCUAUAUUUUUCAUUGAAGAUCCGAAUUUUUAGUUUAUAUAAUACCGUACUGUACCACAUGUAUAAUAAUGUAAACUUUAAUAUGUGUAUAUUUAUUGUUGCGAUUUCAUUGUUUUAGUAGAACCUUCAGGGUUUUUAGGACGAUCAUAUUUGUACUCAGUAGCGUUUCAUGCUAUGAAUGAGUUGGUUCUACUCUACAGUUAUAUUUUUAUGUUUUUGAUUCACCACAGAAUUAUUUUAAAGAAAUAAAUUUGUUUUUGUGUUAA